GGCCGGCCGCAUGAAAUUCACAAACAGUUGCGUGCGGAACGCGAGCGAGUCUAUAGUGGUUCUCUGAAAACGGAUUGCUUACGGUGGUGGAGUGUAGUAGCCAAAGCAAUAUCUGACAAGCAAAAGCGGAUAUUGGCGAACGAAAUUUCAAUCAUAAAAAUAAUUAAAAUAAAUUUCACAAAAUUGAGCAACUUAAUUGAAGAAAAAGCAUAAACAAAACAGUUCGGCAGCAGCACUCGGUGGCCUCUAGUGGCAACAACAAACACAGCGUGAACGAAGUGAAUUGCUCAGCGAGGAAUAUGAAAAGAAUUAAAUAAAAAUAAAAAUAAAUUUGGGAAAUAAUUCACUCAAGCGCACAACAACAACAUUUAUUCAACGAUUUCCCUUUCAAUACGCCUACGAAAUUAAUUGAAAAAAAAAAAAUAAAAAAACAACAACAACAACUAUAAAUAAAAUAGCAAAUCUCAAGCAAAGAAAAAUAUCAAAUCACAAUUGAAAAUAACCGAAAAAAGGCAAUGACAAAGCCGCAUGCAUAAAUUAUAGCAAACGUUUAUUGUGUCUCUAUGUAUAUAUGUAUGUGUGUGUGAGCAAAUAAAAAUUUCAACUAAAAGUGCAAAUAAACUAACUGUACAUUUAGCAAAGGCAGCGAAGGCAGAAUUUAUCAUCGCUCAAGCAAAUUAAAGCCAGCUAAUUCACAGCAACAACAACAACAAAAGUUAUAGUAGCCAUUUAAUAAGGCACAACAACAAUAAAAACACGCGCAUACAUAUUUAAUAAAAUUAAGUGAACGCUUUUUUGUUGUUGCAUUUUGCAUUUGUGAGCAAAGUGGUGGUGCGCACUAAAGUGAUUGCCUAGUGACAACAACAACAACAGCAAAAACAAAAACAACGUGGUCAAAAGGACUUGUGCAGUGUGUGACAACAAAAGUGCAACAACAAUAACGAAAUUGCAACAAAGCGACAAAUACAGCAAGAGGCGUGCAUUAACGGUAAAACAAAGGCAACGCGAAAGUGAAAAGGCAAAAUAAACACAAGUUGUGAGCCGGCGGCGUUAAAUGAGCGUGUGAAUGAAAAGUUGUUGUAAAAACAACGAAAAAGCACACAAUUUGGAUUACGAUCACAACAACAACAGGCAGACAUAUGAAUUGUUGCAGCAACAAAUUUAACACAACACAAAGAUGCAAGCGCCGCGCGGAUUAACGUCUGGCAGAUAAACAAAGGCGCGCGAGCCGAGAAGACAACACUGGAAAAGUGGAGCACGCCAGUUCAACGCUGGCGCCAACAACACACGUGAAAAAUUGUGAUAAACAAACAUUUACAGUUUUUCGCUUUCAACACUUGCAGCACAACGCGAAAGUUAAGCCAAAAGACUAUAAGCAACAACAACAACUAGCAUAGCAAACCCACACACGCACACACACGGUGGGAGCUAAGCUGGUAAUACAUAAAAACAAAAACAAAAAUACCAAAAGCGAAAAUAACAACCGUUGCGGCAAAAAAACAUGGAGCAAUUUGCGGCACAAAUAAGGCAACAGCAAGCAGAACAGCAACAACAACAACAGCAAUCCAGCGCAGCACUCGCUGCGGUCGAACAGCACGAACUGCAACAACAGCACAGCACCAUUGUUGUUGUCGACGAGGACAACGACGAAUUGCCCGCCAUUGAAGCGACCAUCAUUGACAUUCCAAUGCCGGCAGCGCCAGCGCACUCCUGCCCCGCGGACACGGCGCCCGCGCCAGCGCCAUCAGCCGCGCUCUCGUCAUCGUCGUUGUCGUCAUCGUCUUCAUCCUCCUAUGACACGGACAGCAGCACGACGAGCAGCACUUGCUGUGCGCGACACGGCGAACACAUCUACAUGGAGAAGGCGCAACAACAACAACAACAGCAAAAAUCGCAGCAACAACAGCAGCAGGAGCAACACCAGCAGAAGGCGAAAUACGCUUGCAACGCGGAUGCGGAAGUGAGCUAUUUGAAGAGCGAGUACCGGCUGCACUGGCCGUUCUUCAUGCUGGCGAUCUCCAUCAUUGAGUUCGCAAUUUUCGCGUACGACUCCGCCACAGUACCGGGCACGGAGGCCACACGCGAACUCAUUCCACACAUGCCCAUCGCCUCCGACUCGGUAUUCAUCUACCGGCCCGAUCGCCGUCUGCAGGUGUGGCGCUUCCUCUCCUACAUGUUCCUGCACGCCAACUGGUUCCACCUCGGUUUCAACGUCGUCAUCCAACUCUUCUACGGCAUACCGCUGGAAGUGAUGCACGGCUCGGCGCGCAUCGGCAUCAUUUACUGUGCAGGCGUGUUCGCCGGCUCGUUGGGCACGAGCGUCGUCGACUCCGAGGUGUACUUGGUGGGCGCCAGCGGUGGCGUAUACGCAAUGCUCGCCGCACACUUGGCCAACAUAACGCUCAACUACAGACAGAUGCGCUACGCGGUGGCGCAGUUGCUGUCGGUGCUGAUAUUUGUAUCUUGCGAUCUGGGAUAUGCAUUGUAUUCACAAUAUCUAGACGACGAGGGUGUGACCAAGCCCACGCCGCUUGAGCACACCUGGCCGAACAUCGAUCCGCCGCCAGUGUCGUAUGUGGCACACAUGACCGGCGCGUUGGCGGGCUUCACCAUCGGUCUGCUGGUGCUGAAGAAUUUCGAGCAUCGCGCCUAUGAGAAUCUCAUCUGGUGGCUGGCGCUGGGCGUCUACAGCGCCUUCACCGUCUUCGCCAUUGUCUUCAACCUGAUCAACACGAUGACCGGGCAGCUGGUGGAGGAGCGCAGCGAAGUUGUGGCACAGCAGUUGUUGUACGAUUUGGGUGUGUCGUAAAAAGUCUGUUUGCGUCGAACAGUUAAGUGAGAGAAUUUAUGCGAAAACAAUAUAAAUGCGUGCAAAUUUGAGCACGGAGUGGCAACUCUAAGGCUCCAUAAAGCCGCUGCUGGUGCGAAGUGAGCCUUGAAGCGCACAAUAAAGUUGAAAUUGGCGCGUAUUUAGCGCCACCAGGAAGUGUUCGUUGUAAAAAUAUGAAUGCAAAAAUUUUCGAAAAAUAUCGGCUUAACUUGCACACUCACUCAGCUCAAUUUCACGCAUUUCUGUUAGCCACAUUUAUUUAUUUGUUACUAUUUAACUAUAUUUUUUCGUCGUUGCUGUUCUUGUUUAAUUUAUUUUUUCAAUUUAUUUAAAUAUCUUUUGCAUGGAACGCAAAUAAAACCCCAAAUCGUAUGAACAAAUGUUGUGAUAAUACCAAAGACUGAAUUAAUUUUGAAAAUAAAAAAAGAUAAACACACACACACAAACAUUGUGUGGCCACUCCCACACACACACGCACACACAAAAGCGCGUGUAAUUCAAGAACGCUUGAACGAAAAUUAAUUGUAACAUUAAGCAGUGUAAAAAACAUUUAUUUAUUUAAUUUAAAUUUAUAUUACGUAAUUAUAUUGUAAGCAUCAAUGCACAAUCGGGUCACACAACCAAAUAGUAGAAAUGCGGUUAGAACGCAUUCUUUGUUGUCUGUACAUACUAAACGCCGAAAAGGUUAGAUAAGUCCUCGUUACCCCCCGCAAAACACACACACACAAAUACAUACAUAUGUAAGUGAAUGCGAAGCUGUCGCAUUUUCACAAACUAACGCACUAGUCAACCAAAACGAAAUAAUAAAUAGCAAAUAAAAGCGAAAAUGUAGGCAGCAAGGGAGAGCGGAAGCUAGGAAGUUGUAAACGAGCGCAAGGACAAGUGAAAAAUUCGUU